UCCGCAUUACAUAACAGCUCCACUGUAGCGAUGGCGGCCUGGACAGCUCUCCAGCUGGGCGCUCCAUGCGAUCUGUCUGUAUAGGAAUGCCGUCAUUGUGUCUUCUUUUUAUCCGAAUGUGGCAUACUGCUUUCCGCCCUCUGUGCUUUCGAGCGAGAAUAUGCCGAGUUUGUUGUACCUGUGUGGUUUGCUACUCGGGGGUACCCGAAGUGAGAAUGGAAGGAUUUGAUCGUGUGGAAUCUCGAGGCUCAAGUGGCUCGUUGGAUGGUCGCGUACUCUCUACUCACAAAGAAACUGCUGAAUCUGACAUGAAGAAUCUUCUCAUUUGAGCUGGAAUAAGUCCGCAACACGUGGAUAGAAUUGAUGAAGAAACAUUUGUCAACGUGGGUUAAAUGGGGAGUGGGAGGAAGAAAGAGACAAGAAGCCGGGGGGUUCGCCUUCACAACCUAC